CUGGAAAAGGCCCCAGGCGGUGACGUAGAGGAGGCAGAAUGUUUUUGCACUCACGCUCCCUGCCCCGAGGAGUGCUCAGACCUGGCCGCAGGGAAGUGCUGUGCUGGGUGCUCAUCGCGGUGACCCUGAGCCGCGGGGCCUCUGGGCUGUGCCCCAGCGCGUGUAUCUGCGCCACGGACAUCGUGAGCUGCACCAACAGGAACCUGGCCAAGGUGCCCGGGAGCCUGUUCCGACUGAUUAAGAGACUGGACCUGAGCUAUAACAGAAUCGGCCUUCUGGACGCCGAGUGGAUGCCAGUGUCGUUCGUGAAGCUGAACACGCUGAUUAUCCGGCACAACAACAUCACCAGCGUUUCCACGGGCAGCUUUUCCACCACUCCCAAUCUGAAGUGUCUGGAUUUAUCGUCCAAUAAGCUGAAGUCUGUGAAAAGUGCCGUGUUCCAAGAGUUGAAGGUUCUGGAAGUGCUCCUGCUGUACAACAAUCACAUUGCCUAUCUCGAUCCUUCUGCGUUCGGAGGGCUCUCGCAACUGCAAAAACUCUACCUAAGUGGAAACACUCUCACCCAGUUUCCUAUGGAUUUGUAUGUGGGGAGGUUCAAGCUGGCAGAACUGAUGUUUCUAGACGUUUCCUAUAACCGGAUCUCUUCCCUGCCAAUGCAUCACAUAAAUUUAGUGUCAGGAAAACAGCUGAGAGGCAUCUACCUUCAUGGAAACCCAUUUAUCUGUGACUGUUCGCUUUAUUCAUUGUUCAUCUUUUGGUACCGUAGGCACUUUAGCUCAGUGUUGGAUUUUAAGGCUGAUUAUACCUGUCACCUGUGGUCUGACGCCAGGCAUUCCCACCCCAUCCCUCUGCUCCAGAAUAGCUUUAUGAAUUGCUCUGACAGUAUCAUCAACGGUUCCUUCCGGGCACUUGGCUUUAUUCACGAGGCGCAGGUGGGGGUAAGGCUAAUUGUCCACUGUGACAGCAAGACCGGUCAUUCCAAUAUGGAUUUCCUUUGGGUGGGUCCAGAUAACAGACUGCUGGAGCCAGAGAAAGAGAUGCCGAACUUUCACGUGUUUCGCAACGGAAGUCUGGUUAUAGAAAGUCCUCGUUUUGAGGAUGCUGGAGUGUAUUCCUGUAUUGCCAUGAAUAGGCAUCGCUUAUUAAAUGAAACUGUGGAUGUCACAAUAAACGUUAGCAACUUCACCGUAAACAGAUCUCAUGCCCAUGAAGCAUUUAACACGGCUUUUACUACUCUUGCAGCCUGCGUGGCCAGCAUCAUUUUAGUACUUCUGUACCUCUAUCUGACACCCUGUCCUUGCAAGUGUAAAACCAAAAGACAAAAAAACAUGUUAAACCAAAGUAGUACGCCUGCCUCUGUUCUCAGCCCCGGCCCUGCUGGUGACCCUCCCGCUGAUGAGCGGAAAGCAAGUACUGGUAAGAGGGUGGUGUUUUUGGAGCCUCUGAAGGAUACUGCAGCAGGGCAGAAUGGCAAAGUUAGGCUCUUCCCCAGUGAACCGGUGAUAGCUGAAGGCAUCUUAAAGUCUACAAGAGUGAAAUCUGAUUCAGAUUCAGUCAACUCCGUGUUUUCAGACACACCCUUUGUGGCAUCAGCUUAAUUGUGCCUGUAUUUGUUUGAUGUAGUCAUGUAAUCUUCCCAUAUUUAUCUUUGCGUGUAGUCUACA